UCUUAGCAAUUCCAUUCCCAAAAUGAUGAUGAAUUCAUCAAUCACUCUCUUCUUCUUCCUCACUAUUUUUAUUGGCCCUUCAAUCUCAGAAUCAGUCUCUCUUUCAAUCUCUUCAAACUCACUCUCAAAAUCAAACAACUCGGUAACAAUCAACUGGUCCCGAGUCGAUUCACCUUCACAACUCGACUGGAUCGGCAUCUACUCGCCACCCAACUCCUCCCUCUACAACUACAUCGGCUAUCUCUACCUCAACACCUCUCCCACCUGGGAAUCCGGAUCGGGUUCCAUCACAAUCCCUUUAAUUAACCUCAGAUCCAAAUACAAGUUACGGAUAUUCCGAUGGUCCGAGUCAGAGAUCAUCCCGACUCGCCACGACCACGACCACAACCCGUUACCCCAACCCAAACAUUUGCUGGCGGAAACGGAGGAAUUCGAGUUCGAACAGCGUCAUGGACCGGACCAGAUCCAUUUAGCAUUAACGGGUGAGGUAGGUGAGAUCCGAGUCAUGUUUGUGAGUGGCCAUGGGAAGGAGAGUGUGGUGAGAUACGGGUCGGGUCCUGAUCGGAUGGAUCAGGUGGUGGAAACUAGGGUUGGGCGGUAUGAAAUGGAGGAUAUGUGCGAUUCUCCGGCGAAUCAGAGUGUUGGAUGGAGAGAUCCAGGGUUUAUACAUGAUGGAGUGAUGGUGAAUUUGAAGCCAGGGAAGAGGUAUUUCUAUAAGGUGGGAAGUGAUGCAGGGGGUUGGAGCAACAUCUUCAGCUUUGUAUCACCAGAUGAAGAUUCAGGUGAAACAAUAGCUUUCUUAUAUGGAGACAUGGGAACUGCAACACCAUACAACACCUUUGUAAGAACACAAGAUGAAAGUAUUUCCACCAUUAAAUGGAUUGCCCGUGAUAUCGAAUCACUCGGUGAUAAACCCGCUAUGAUUUCCCACAUCGGCGAUAUAAGCUACGCUCGUGGCUACUCGUGGUUGUGGGACCAUUUCUUCAACCAAAUCGAGCCUGUGGCAUCAAAAGUCCCGUACCAUGUCUGCAUCGGGAAUCAUGAAUACGAUUGGCCGUUGCAGCCAUGGAAACCGGACUGGGCUAUGUAUAUCUAUGCUAAAGAUGGGGGUGGUGAAUGUGGAAUACCGUAUAGUCUUAAGUUCAACAUGCCUGGAAAUUCGUCUGAGUCGACCGGGAGUCGGGCUCCGGCGACUCGGAACUUGUACUACUCGUUUAAUUUUGGUGUUGUUCAUUUUGUGUAUUUAUCGACGGAGACGAAUUUCCUCAAAGGGAGUAAGCAAUACGAGUUCUUAAAGAAGGAUUUGGAGUCGGUUGAUCGGGUGAAAACACCAUUUGUCGUAGUCCAAGGUCAUAGACCGAUGUAUACAACGAGCAAUGAGGUUAGGGAUCGUCCGAUCAGGGAGAAGAUGCUCGAGCAUUUGGAGCCGUUGCUUGUGGACAACAAUGUGAAUUUAGCCCUAUGGGGCCAUGUUCAUAGAUACGAACGUUUUUGUCCAAUAAACAACUUCACCUGUGGGAGCGGCCCUGUACACGUGGUGAUUGGGAUGGCGGGUCAGGACUGGCAACCCAUUUGGGAGCCUAGACCGAACCACCUAACAGACCCAAUCUUCCCACAACCAGCCCGCUCCAUAUACCGUGGUGGUGAGUUUGGGUACACCAAACUCAUUGCCAACAAAGAGAAGCUAACAUUUACAUAUAUCGGAAACCAUGACGGAGAGACACACGACGCGGUGGAGAUCUUAGCCUCCGGGAAAGUCAUAAAUGGUGAAAUUACUAAUAUGAUGACCGAUGAGGGUAAACAUAGUGACGAUAGUAGGGGUAAAAGUGGGAAAACAUCGUAUUCGUGGUAUGCUCUGGGUGCCGCUGUUGUAUUAUUUUGUCUUUUAAGCGGAUAUCUUGUUGGAUUGAGAUCUCGUGCAAAGAAGGAAACCGUUACGAAUAAAGAAUGGACUCCCGUCAAGACAACGGAGGAAGCAUGAAUCUUUCAUAUACUUCGUUCUGGUAGUUUGAAACUAAGUUACAGAUUAGGAUCAAAAACGGUUUUGAUUUGUAUAUGUCGCUUACGAUAUCUACGAAAUUCUUACGAGAUUUGUGUAUAUAUAUACGUCUUUCGUGUACCGUAUAAAUAACAUGUUUGCUGUUUUAACGAUAUAGUACAAUGAAGUCUUACUUUAUCGCGUUA